AUGAACUUUGGUGUGACAGUGAAUGUGUUUGUGUGUUCAGGUGUGUUUGGUGAUGAAGUGUCAGUGAUGGAGGGAGAUUCUCUUACUUUAAACGCUGAUACUGAAAUAAAGAGUCAAGAUGUGAUCAGCUGGAGUUUUGGACAUCAAGGGACUAUCAUCGCUAAAAUUAAUAAAGCAGCUAAAACUACAAAAACUUAUACUGAUGAUUUUGGUGGCAGAUUCAGAGACAGACUGCAGUUAAAUGAUCAGACUGGAGAUCUCACCAUCACAAACAUCACAACACAACACACUGGACUUUAUCAACUGACCAUCAGCGGCAGACCAAAUGCCUUAACAAACCAAUUCAAUGUUAUUGUCUAUGCUCAUCUGCCCAUUCCUGUCAUUACCACACAAAACUCUUCAUCAUCCGAAACAUCAUCAUGUGUCUUUGUGUGUUCAGUGUUGAAUGUGAGAGAAGUGAGUCUGUCCUGGUACAAAGGAAACAGUUUAUUGUCCACCAUCAGUGUGUCUGAUCUCAACAUCAGCAGCAUCUCUCUUCAUCUGAAGUGUCUGGAUGAUUCUUACAGCUGUGUGGUGAACAAUCCCAUCAGUAAUCAGACUCAACAUCUCAACAUCACUCAUCUCUGUCAGACGUGUUCAGAUCUUACCUUGAUUAUCAUAUGUUGUGUUGCUGUUGGAUGUCUGAUGAUAGCUUCAGUUCUGAUCUUCUGGAUCUACAGGAAACACAAAAACAAACAGCAACAGGUUCAAAACAGAGGAACAGAAAUCACUUAUGCAGAUCCAACAUUCUGUAAAAGAGCAGCAAAUAAACCGGGAUCUGAGGAUGAUGUUGUGUAUGCAGGAGUCAAGAGAAAAUAAACAAACUCUCUGUUAUUCUCAGAUCAACAUUCAGCUGUUUGAUCACCUACAGUCUCUGUUUUAACUUCAGAUUGUGAGUUUAAAAAUUUUUUCUUUGUGAAUUAUAUUACAUGAAGCGAUUGUUACAUGUGAGACGUCCGCUUACUCUCUCAACUUAAGAUCUGUUACUUCUCCAUCACAUUUGCAAGCAUAAUACACACCACCAACAGUCAAAAGCACGCGAAUUUCACCAUGUUUAAAAUAAUGUUAAUAGCAGUUUAAAGAAAGACAAAACUGUACAACAUCAAAAUCACUGUGGAUACAACCAACGUAUUUCUUUUUAAAACACAAACUGUCUUUUUAUUUUUGUCACUAUAUACAUCUGACACAUUAACACGUUCAAGUGAAAUGUGAAGUGAAAAGAAAUGUGGUUUCGUUGUACUGGUGGACAUGAGAUACGUGUUUGCCUAGUAGUGGUUAAUGUGUAUAUGUGUGACUGUUAGAGGUGUGAACAGUGUGCUUCUGUGAAUACUGUGUGGCUUUUUUUGCUGUCGUGCUAAUUUUGUUUACUCUGCACAAAGCAGCUUUAUUGAAAUAUUGAA